AUGUCUGCCACUUCCAGUCACUCACACAUCACAACAAGUUGUAAAGCUGAGCAAUCAACAACCAACACAACUGAUCUCUAUAUGGUGGUUGAUAAUUACAUCGUUGAACAUAAAAUUUCUUUUAUUCCGUUAUGUCCAAACUCUGUUGGCGUUGUAUUGGCAAUGACCGAAGAACAAAUGCCUCAUCUCACUGCAGGCACUGUCGUUAGAAUCAAGAAAAAACUUCCUUUCGCCAAGUCCAACAAACUUAAACCAUCAGAUUUUGAAACUGAUGAGGACCAAGCAAAGCUUGUGACAACACCAAAGAUAGUUGCUUCUGGAAUCGCUGUGGUCAACCGCAAGCAGGAAGUAUUCCUUCUUGAAAAUAGUUCAUUUGGGAAAAUAUCUAUUACUUUUACGCUAAAAAGAAUCAUUAACGACAACUACAAUGACGCCAAGCUUCCUGAAGUAAUGAAAUCCAUGAAAGAUCUAUUCAAGCGAUAUUUCAUGCAAAUGACUUGUCAAGAACGGACACAGUUACAUCAAGCUGUGUACUUUAACUCAAAGGCAGUCGAAUCUUUCAUUGGAUACAUGUUCACUAAAAAAGAAAAGAGAAGUAAGAUGAAAAAGAUCCAUCAGGUAUUGUAUGAGCUUCGUGUUCUGCUGAAGACGACUGAGGAUCAUCAUUCUCAGAGAACGGAUCUGGAAGAAUGCGAUUUUCAAAAUUAUUCUGUGAUGAAAGGGCUCGUAGAACCCAUGAAAAGCCUUAACAAGAAGAUGAACAAGAUCUCGAAAGGUUGGGACAGUACAACUACCUGUGGUCAAUUACUGCAUUCAUUAAUAUCUUUUCGAAAUAGAGUAGGCACUCAUAUGAAUAACGAAGACCUGUACAUCUUCAACGCCAUGUUUGAGUGUUUAGAAGAAACCUACAACCUACCUUCUCCCGUACGAGAGCUAUUAACGAACGAGGACUCUACUCUGGAAUCGCUUCGUGAGGCGUUUGCAACGUUUGUCGAUUGUCCGAAAAUACUGGUUGAAAGCAGAGAACCCGAGCAUCGAGAAAUUUCUCAAAGAUUGCAUCAACGAUUAUUUAUCAUUCGGGAUGAUCACUACACUGCAACACUCUCAUAUCGAGAAUAUAAAAGCGGAGGCUAUUUUUCAAGAACAGAAAUGGAGAAGAAGCUUCAUAAAACUACACGAGAGGAGUUACUAAGGAAACUAUCAGAAAUGAAUGAAUCCAAAGGUACCCAGAAUGGAUCAAAAAACAUUCCUUUCGUUCAUACGGAAGGACUUGUUACUGUGGACAAUGUUCUUUCCGCUUCAGAAGCCGAUGAAUACAUUCGCAAAGCAAACAAUGCUUUAUGGGAGCAAAGCAAAGUUGGUCAAGCGUCCUCUGAAAGCAAUGUAGACGAUACCUCCGUUCGUAACAGUUACCAGUUUGAGUUUGAAGAUGAGCACCUAUCCGAGAAGGUGUUUAAGGCUGGAGAAACUGCUUUGAAGGCGAUGUUUGAGGAAAAUACCAAGUACAUUCCUGUUUCAAUCGAUUCUCAUUGGAAAUGUUACAGGUACGAAACGGGAGUGUUUUUUAGAAAACAUGUCGAUUCUGGAAGAAGUGUGGACGACUUGAACAGCUUUGUCACUGUGUUGAUUUAUUUGAACGGAAAUGAACAGCAUGACAGUCUGAAAGGUGGUAAAACUUUAUUUUACGGACCUCAAGCAAAAAAAGAUAGUCCUCUUUCGUCCUCUCUCAGGGAGGAGAAAGUUGCUAUUUCUCCCUCUCGUGGGCAAGCCGUUUUCUUUGUUCAUCAAUUAGAACAUGAAUCUGCUGAGGUAACUUCAGGAACCAAGUUCGUUUUAAAAUCUGUGGUUCUGUUCAAGAAGAAUGAAAAUUAUGGAGCUUUUAAGGCUCCAUCCACUAUUGGAACAAAUGAACUGUCCCACGAUAUUGUUCUGAGAGUUGGAGAGGAAGAAUUUAAAGUUGAACGCCAAAUGCUUUACAGACAUCCAAAUUGCAUUUUAAAUCGAACACCUUUCUCUACCUUUGGUAUGUCUCAAUAUGAAUUUCCAGAAAGAAAUGCACAAAUUUUCAAAACAUUUAUCCUCCCAAUGUUAAGAAACGAGAUACUUCCCAAUGUGUCUAUGAAUUCUUCGUUAAAGGACAAAAUUGAUUCAGAGAUUAAGUUUUGGGGGCUCCUCUCUCCAUUCGACCCACAUAUUUCCUUAUCUUCAGAAUACAUACACAACGCUUUAGGUCAACACUCCAAAGAGUUUUCUUCCAGUGCCAUUCUGCUUCAACAACACUUGGAAGAAAAGCGAGAAAUGUUGGAAAAUUGGUUGCAAUUUCUUUCAGUUUUCAAUGAGGUCCAAAGAAAGCAGCAACAAUACACCCCCAACGUAUUCGAACAAGAUUCAUUAGAAGAAAUUAUGAAAAUUAACGAAAACAGAUUCGAAAACAAGCAGGAUCUAGAACGAUGGGUUGCCUCUCAAAUAGAAGCACAUGUCGAUUCAAAGUAUCAAGUUAUACCACUCCUGUAUCAAUACGACUCCAAUGCUUUUCUCAUAGGUCAGGAUCGCCAGUUUUAUGAAUUAUGUGAAAAAGCCUUUGGAGCUCAAGCGUUGUCCAUAAGAAAAAUUCAAUAUUUUUACAAUUACGACUAUGAAGAAGACUCAAGCUCUUAUCCUUUGUUGGAUUUACAAUCUGUAAACGAGGAGGCGAUCAGGUUAGAAGAAAAGGGACGAACUUACUUUUUUCACUCAUAUUUGGCUGAUAAAUUACACCACUUCCAAAAAGUGAGUGAAAUUUUGAAGGAACACGAAGGUAUGGGGCUCAAAAUGAAACAUAAGGACGUUGUUUUCUAUGGAAAAACUGAUUGGAAAGGACCACAACCCUACAAUGAUGAGUAUGCUCCAAAUUUUGCAUUGUUUAAUGUUUGUGCCUUGACUUUCACAAACACCAUGGAAACAUCACCACUCAACGCAUUGGAUUUGGCAAUGCAUCAUUGUCGAUUAAAAUUAAAGCAAACGAUCGAGGAUUAUUUAUCAUUGCUUCCGACAGCUAACAUAGAUGAUAAAUCUGCAUCAUCAACGAAGAAGAAGCGAGAUACAAUUUCUCAUCUAGAUCAUGAUGAUGCCCAUUCAUUCUCUCAAUUUUCGCAGAUCUCUCAAGAAUUUCCAACUAUUCAUCAAGCCUUUGAUUUAUUUAUGAAAGACUAUGAACAGAAUAUCAUCAAACCGUUCCGAAAUUUAGAACAACUCUUUGAAAAAUGUUUGUCAUUCUUCUACGAACAAUUAUGGAGUAAAAAACAGGAAAACUAUCAUGAUUCAGUCAAUGGGCAACCAUUAAGAGGGAAUUUUGAACCGUCGAUGAAAGAAAUACAUUAUUUUGACAUUGGAGAAGAAAUUAGUAAAAAAGGAAAUCAUACUCAACUGAAUUGUUUUUGGAACAGUGAUGAUAAUGAGGUAUCUGAUGAACAGAGUUCUAAAACAAUUCUCAUUCCAUACGAUUGCAAGAAUUUACUCUCUCAUUUCAAAGAUCUGUUGUUUGGGAUGCGUAAUGAUGAUGAGAAUGAAAAUUUAUAUCCUCAUCCAAAAUAUUUAUAUUCUUUUUUCUAUCACCUAUGUAUGAACAUUGAAAGAAUACGACAAGUAGCCAUGAUUAAUGACUUUACAGCAAGAGACAUGACGUUGGCAAAAGAAUUUUUUGUGAGGAAAUGCUUUUUGGGAGUUUCUCAAACAAGUGAGCAAUCCACAGCUGAUGAUAUGGACCAAUUACAGAACAGUAGUGAAACUGAAGAAGAUAUGAUACAAAAAAGAGCAAUUCAAUUGUUUGAAACCACAAGACAAAGUAUUAUGGACAAAAUUGUGGACGCUUUUGCUGAAUCGAAGGAAAAACAAUACAAAAAUUUGACUCCAAUUGUUGGAAGAGGAGUCUAUCUUGCCAGUAAGCGUACAGGAAGAUGUAUUUUCACUAAACUAGAAAAGCAGUAUAUUGCUGGAAAAAUUAUUUUCAUGAAUGAGGUAAAAACUGUAACAGACAAGCAGAAAUAUCCUACUUUUGAAUCGUUGCCUCAGGACAAGAAAUCGAAAGAAAGGAAAACUUUUUUGGAUUACAUUUACAAAAGUCGAGGAUUCAGCACUGGCCAUAGCAAGCAGACCUUUAAAUUUGCUAAAAUUCUUGACUUCAUGUCACAACCUCAAAAAACAGAGCCAAUAGUGGAGGAAGAACGCCAAUUUGAGCCAACCACUUUACCUCCUCUUUUGAUUCAAAAAACGUACGACAAUGACUUUUACAAACACACUCCAGGGCGUUUCCUUUCUAAUGCGCUUUCAGAACUCGUCAAGACGUACUUGAGAAAUGUUGCCAACCGAAAUAGCUCUCUUGCAGACUUUCAACGUCAAAGAAUGAACAUCAUGAAAAACAGGCUAGAGUUUGUUGCCAAUAAUGGAGAAUACAAAAUGGAUCAUAGAACCUCUGUCAUGAUUAAGCGAAUGAGACAUCGAUUGAAGUAUUUGUUGUCACAGCCAAGCCAUUCAAUUCCUAUUGAAAAAAAGGAAGAGGCUAUCAUUGGAUAUCUAAGGAUGGUCUCGAGCUAUUUACGAUGA